AUGGAAACCUUGGCCUCCGUGUGGGCCUGUGACCCCCGUGACCUCAGCGACCUCGGAGAGAAGUCGUCAGUUUGGGAGCCUCAGAGUGUGUUUCACAGUUCUGCUCCUGCUGCUCUGAUGUGGACUGAGCAGCUCUCUCCUCACCUGCAGAGAAACCAACAGCUGCAGGACACUCUGCUGCAGAGGGAGGAGGAGCUGCUCCGACUGCAGGACGAGAACCACACGCUCAGAGAGUUCCUCAGCUCGUCCUUCGUCAGGAACCUGGAGCAGAAGGCAAAGAAACUAACGGCUGACGGGAGGAGGAAGCUGAAGAGAAGCCUGAUGCACGCUGACGACGGACCUUUCCAGAACCGCAAGACUCAGCUCCUGACCUCCCAGCAGGUCAGCAAGAGAGUCUGCAGGAACCUCGCUGCCGAGUUCGGCUGCGAGACGCCCUCCUCAGAACCAAACCUGGACCUCUGGGUUCUACGGACGCUGGGACUGAAGGACCGAGACACCAUCGACACGUCCAACGAGUCCUCGCCCGGAUACAGCCUGAGCGGGUUAGUUUAUGAUGCCGCCGUCACCUCGUGCUCUGAAUACUCUCUGAACUCCUCCUUCAGCCCUUCAGACACCACUUCUACGCCUUCCUCUGUCCUCAGCUACUGCCAAACACCGACACAGAGGACUGAUUAUUCUGCCGAAUGCCGAGAAGCUCACCGCGGUAUCUCUGCCGAGUCACCUCAGAGCUGCACGACCUCUCCGGGUCAACGCUCCGAUUUCAUCGCCUCAAGUCGAGUCCAAACUCUGGCGGGAAACUCAGCGAAACAUCCGGCUUACUGGUCUCCACCACAGGACGCAAUCCGGCUCAGUCCACCAGGACAGAGAGUCCCAUUGUCCGCCAUCGCGUCUUCCAGUCCCGUCAUGACGCAGCUUUGGACGCCUGUACCCGGUGGCAGCACAUCAAGUGCGUCGGCGGGAUCUCUGCCUCCUGCCGCGCCUCGCAGCCGGACAGAUUUGGCGUUCAGUAUGUCCCUCAGCCCGUCCAGCAGCGUCAAGACCCACAGCUUCCCCCAGGGACAAGCCUUCGUCAGGAAGGACACCGAGGGAAGGUGGAACUUCACCUGGGUGCCCUCACACGGACCAUAG